GGGGCGGGGCUAGCGCCGGGGCAAGAUGGCGCUGAACAGGAACCACUCGCAGGAGGGUGGUGUCGUUGUCCCUAAUAGCGAGAGCAUUCUCAAACAGUGUAAAGACGUGGAGCUCUCCUUCAGUGAUGUGACAGGCAAGCCUGAUGCCUUCAAAGGCACCAAGAAAGGAAUGCUGUACCUCACCCCUUACAGGAUGAUCUUUGUGUCAAAGGGCAAGGAUCCCAUGCUGUCUUUCAUGAUGCCAUUUUAUUUGGUGAAAGGGUGCUCUAUUGAGCAGCCUGUUUUCUCUGCCAAUUACAUCAAAGGACAGAUUCAUGCUGAGGCAGGAGGUGGCUGGGAAGGGCAGGGAACAUUUAAACUGACUUUCAACAGUGGAGGAGCCAUUGAAUUUGGACAGUUGAUGUUCAAAGUUGCUUCCAGUGCUUCCAGUGGAGUCCCUCUCCAGAACCCUGGCUAUGGCUAUACACCUGUGCCGGGAGGGUAUGCACCCACCCCGCCUGCUCCAGGGGGUUAUUCACCUGCACCAGGAGGCUAUGCUCCUCCACCACCAAAUGGACCGUAUCCUUACAUGCCACCACCAGUGAAUGCCUAUGGUCCAGCUCCACAGCCCAUGGGAUAUCCUUGUGCCCAGCCUCCAGGUAUUUACCCACCACUUCCAAACAUGAACCCCAUGUAUAUGCCACCACCUCCACCGUACUCUGGGCCUUCUCCUGCAGGACCUUCGGCCCCCUCAGCUCCCACAGCCUGGGUGGACCCAAGGAUGCCAGGUGGCAGUAAGGCCACAGAAGCUACUUCGAGUGCAUAUUACAACCCUGCCAACCCACACAACGUGUACAUGCCCAUGGAUCAGCCACCUCCUUAUACACCUCCUGAGGAUAAAAAGAACAACUAAUAGAACCGGCCUCCCACACUCUCUCCCUGAAGACAAUUUGGCUGUCACUACACCUUGGGUUAGCAUAUCUCUAGGUCUCUUAUAUAUACAUAUAUAUAUAUAUAUAUAUAUACACACACAAUGUACGUAGUGUUGGGCGGCUGAGCACUUGCCCUCCUUAAACAGUCAGUGGCAAUACAAGGCAGAGCAGCAGCACUUUCCUGCUUAUUUGCUUCAUCUCAUGGGAUCAAAGCACUAACCUUUUGCUCUGCCCUUGGCUUGAGGUAAGAGAUGGAUUUCUUCAUAAACCAGCAAACCAUGUCACUAAUCUAGGAGUAGAAUAUGAAGGUACUGGCAUCUUCGAGUAGAACUACUUGGAGUGGCAACCUUUUAAGUUCAAGCACCAGCCAAGAGGAAAAGUAUAGACAGCCAUGAAGUUCUUUGCACAAACCUACAGGUGUUAAGUUUCCUUAAAUUCUGGCACAGCUCAGUGUAAGAUGGGACUCUGGCAAUACUGUGUUGUGCUGGAAACACAUGUUUCAUGUUCUGGACAAAUAGGGGGUGACAAACUUGAGAAAUGCAUCUUGAGAGACACUUAAUCAUUUGGUAGUGUUAGUGGAAAGGGGAUAGGCUACCUGCAGAGGCCAAACCCAAGAGCUCAGCUGGAAGAAUUACAAAGGGUUCUGGAUAGAUCACACUGAUGCAUUCCUGAUGGCAGGAGGAGCUUCUAGACGCAGACAUGCCUGCUUUGAAUGCAGCAAAACCCUAUGCUAGUAUUUCUCCAUCUUCUUUCCUAUAAUUAACCUUCCAAAGUGGGGUGAGAUGCUGCAGUUGCUGGUGUCUGAGAGCCAGCACUGACUAUUACUAGUUCUUGUUCCUUUCCCUCUGCUGUGAGAUGCACCUCUGUUUCCAGUGAAUCUUUGAAGACAUCAUGGGAGUUUGCUGGCAGGUCUCUUACAGCCUGCCUUUGCAGCAUGUAGUCUCCUGAUGAUGGUGGCAGAGGAGCUGUGUGAAAAAUGAAACUGGAAACAAGCAAUGACUUCCUAAAAUCAGCCUGCCCUUGUAGCUGUAGAAUAGAAGGCAAACAAGAGAUUGGGGCUGCAGGGCUGUGAGCUAAUAGCUUGGCAGGUGUGGGUAUCAGUCUUCCUUUUGGUCUUCUGGGAGCAAGUCCUCUGUCUGCAAUGGUCCUGUGUCAAGUAGCCAUUCUUCAAGCGUAACUGAGCCAAGCGUUGAGCAGGAAGCUGCUUGCCUUGGGCAAAACAAUGUUCCUCUGGGAAGAUAACCUGAUACUAGCCCUGUCAGGGGACAGGUCCAGCAGCCUGGGCUCCCUCUGCUGAGCAAGCUCAUGCAGAGUGCAAGCCUGACAAGGGAAGACUGGGCUUCAUCUCUCUUCCUUAGGCUGCUAAAGCCAUGCUGCAUCUGCCAGCAUCUGAGCAGUGUGAGAAGAGCAGGCUAUGUAGUAUUGGGCUUUGGUUGCUUGUGGGUGCGGUGCCCUCUGAACUGGGAACUGCUGCCUCUGGUGUGGGUGUUACUAAUGCUCAACUCUGCUGCUCAGCACCUUUCCUUCUUCCUUAGGAGAUACUGCCAUUAAACCUGCUCUGAAGAGAGUGUCACUAUUAUGAUGGAGACCAAUGUGGUCCUAUGUAUAUGGGAUGAUCAUAUUUCUUCCCUGCAGUCUUCCUACUUUCUUAGUGAAGGGGAAGGACAUUUUCCCUCUUACUUUUGUGCAUGCCAGGACUCUCCUUUAAGUGAGAUUUGCACAACAAGAAUGAAUUCUUGAAGCAGCCUGGCAUGGAGGAAGUAAACUUCCUUUUUUAAAACAACAACAACAAAACCUUGUAAGUUAGAGAUGUUCUGAUGAUUCUCUGAAACUAAAAAAAUUCAGCCAUGAAUGUUUGUAAUUUUUGCAUUGCACUUUAAUACAGAAGUGUUGAUAACUUUA